AUGUCUUGGAACGGGUUCAAAAAGGCAGUGCACCGUGCCGGCGCUGGCGUGCUGGUGAAGGCGCAGGACAAGACGGUGGACAAGUCGUUCGACAUCGACGACCGCCGCUACCAGGCGUUGCGCAAAGCGGGCACGUCCCUCCAGAAGGCGCUGAAGAACUACUUGGACGGCAUCCGUGCGGUGACGGUGGCCCAGGUGGCGAUUGCCGACAUCGUGUCCCAGCUGUCGACGCUGAUCUCCCACGCGGGGCAAGUGUACUUGGACACGAUGCGCAACUUCGACCUGGACCGUGACGCCCAGAUCGAUACCCCGUUCCGGGAGACGGUGUUGGACCCCGUGACCAACUUCACCAACUACUUCACUGAAGCCGACGCCGCUAUCAAGAAGCGUAACCACAAAAAGACCGACUACGAGAUGUGUAAGGCUAAAGUGCGCAAGUUGAUCGACAAACCGCCUAAAGAUGCUGGCAAAUUGCCCGCUGCCGAAAAGGAAUUAGCAUUGGCCAAAACUAUUUACGAAGAGUUGAACGAACAAUUGAAGACAGAGUUGCCCAUAUUGAUCUCGUUGCGGGUACCCUACUUCGACCCUCUGUUUGAGGCGUGUAUCAAAGUACACAAGCGGUUCUGUACGGAGCUGUACGCCCGGUUGGCCCAGAUCCAACAGUACUUGCCGCCAGAGACUCGUGACCAGUACGCUAAUGGCGAGUUGGACACCCAGAUCGACGACAUGAUUGUCCACAUGAACUCGUUGAAUAUUGCCACGCUUGGGCGAUGA